AUGGCCGGGUUCUACCAGCAACAACAGCAUCAACCGUACGGCGUCCCUCCACAGCAGCCCUCGGCGCAAAAUCUCCAGUUCUAUCCUUCCUCAUAUUCGUCGGUCUCGGGCCAUACAACGCCCGCACAGGUCUCCUACGGCGGCUAUGGAGGUAGCUCGUCAUCAUCUGCCUACCCCCCAUUAGGUAGCGGAGGAGCGUCCUUUGGCGGAUCAGCUGGCUUUGGCGGAGGUGCUGAUGCCGUCAGUGGUCGAAUGGGCGAGCAAGGAGGACUACGGAUGGGAUGGCUGGCUGCGUUUGGGACAGAAGGCUAUGAGGAUGAACCCCCGUUGCUUGAAGAACUAGGGCACUUGAUGGACGAUAACGACCUCUAUGGCGCCCUCCUUUACAUUCUGCUGUACGGAACAUUCCUCCUGUUAUCAGGAAAGGUAUUCUACGGCUACAUCUACGGCGUAGCUGUUUUCGGAUCAGUAAUUAUCCACCUCAUCCUCAGCCUGAUGUCACCUACCCUUGACCCGUCGACAAACGGAGUAUCCCACGACUCCACAGGCAUGAACAUGAACAUGAAUCCUUCAGACGCUGGCCAUGGCCAUGGAGCCCAAGGGGGCCAUUUCUCAUCGACUCUUACUUUUCCUCGCUCCGCCAGCGUCCUGGGAUACUGUUUCCUACCCCUUGUCCUAACCAGCCUUGUGGGAAUCUUGAUACCCAUGGACACCGUAUUCGGCUACUUACUUACCACCGCCGCUGUUGGGUGGUGCACGUACAGCAGUUCAGGCAUGUUUUGCGCCGUAGCUCGAAUGCGUGGUAUGAGAUUCCUAGUCGCAUACCCUCUAGCACUGUUUUAUGUUGUUUUCGGGAUUAUGGGUAUCUUCUCUUCUAGAGGUGGCGGCACUCUAGUCGCUAAGGCUACUGGGGGUUAA